UUCUUUUUGUAAGGAUUCAAGAAUAUGAACAAGAUGAUUCUCGAUGAUCCACCAAACCCUGCUAAGAUCAUAUCAAAACAAUUAACAAAGACUGAUCUUGUACGCAAUGUGAAGCUACCGAAAAAACAAACUGAAUCCGUCCUCACUAUGAUGACUGGUGGGACAACUGAGAAUUUGCAAAACGGUAAGGAAGUGAAAGUUCUCGACUAUAUUGAAGGCAAUGAAUACACAGUUGUCCUGAGAUGUACUGAAAAUGGUAAAUACCAUUUUGGAGAUGGUUGGAGUACCAUGAAGCAUUCAUUAAAACUUCAAGAAGGCGAAAUUCUGAGUCUCUACUGGGAUUACAAAAACCAGCAAUUCAUUAUUAUUUAG